GAAACUCUUCAAAUAAACCUCUCUGCAGAUGAUCUGUUAGCUGUUUGACAACUACUCUUUCAAGGACGUUUGAUAUGAUUGAAUUUGAUGAAGUUAAGGUAAGGCCGGCUCAGCAGCGCUCUGGCUGCGGCGCCGACAGACCACAGUGAUCUUUUCAGCAGAUUCAGAUGAGCCUGAACAGUGAGCUCAGUUUCAUAGUCGUUACUAUGCAAACUGUCAUGAGCGCUGAACAAUGACCAUGAGUAGCAUGCAGAGAGUUGGGAACCCUCAGCUCAGCCUUUCCCUUUUCAUGUGUUCUCAACGCCUCAUUGAAACUUACAGGACGUCUGGGUGAAACACACGUUCUGGCCUGAUGAGGUAGCUCUUUGGUGUUGGUUACGCCUCUUAACUCUUAGGAAUCAUUCAAGCAUGAAAAAGUCACCUAACUGCAGAGAUGAACCAGUGCUGCGUCUGCAUAUAACAAAUAACCUGUCUGUUCCUGCAGGCAUUACACACAGCUGCUCACAGUUCAAACUGGUGACGUUGACUUAUAAGUUUGUUAUAAUUGUGUAAACUCUGUUUUCUCCUGAUGUACUUGUCUGUACGUAGUUCCCAUGUUUAUGAGGGAUGGCACACACUUUUUAAGACUUUUGCAAAGACACAGAUCGAUCAAAAUGUAGAAUUAAAAUUGUUUGAAUUGAUUAAAUUUAGUUUUUAAAUAUACAUAUCUAUAUAUAUAUUUAUUUAUUGGUGUUACGAUAUGCGAACAUAGUUUCUAAUGAGUAACGUGUUUAUAUGUGAGUAGUGCUGCGGCCUGGUCGUUGAGUAAGAGCUGUUGCAAUCAUUUUUCGUUAUGUAAUCGGGAUUGACGGUACUCCACUGUGAUUGGCUCAUUUGUGUGGCCGUUAUUUUCCCCAACUAAUCGCAAAGAAAACCCAGGUUAAGGCGGGCUGAAACCAGCCAAUGACACUGCACUGACAUCACGACUGUUAUAAAAACCUCAACGUGACGUAGACUUCCUUCAGUUACAGUCGCCAUUUUCUUGUGGUCGUUGAAAGGGCACUGAACUGCGACAGAAGACGGCUGAAAUAUACCCCCGAACCGGCGUGAUUUCUCAACAAGUCCGGGACGAACAGUUAGCCGUAUGAGUUCAUGGACUGCCUGCUGAUCAGUGGUUAUGGUUUCGGUAAGACUCGCUUAGGUUUGGCCGAGUGUCUCAGCUCAAAGAUGGACGACAGCGCGGCGAGGGAAGACGCCUGCCGGGAGUACCAGUCCUCCCUCGAAGACCUGACGUUUAACAGCAAGCCGCACAUCAACAUGCUGACCAUCCUGGCCGAGGAAAACAUCAACUUCGCCAAGGAUAUCGUGGAAAUUAUUGAAGCACAAAUAAGCAAGGCCCCACCCAGCGAGAAGCUUCCAGUUUUGUACUUAGUGGAUUCCAUAGUGAAGAAUGUUGGAGGAGAAUACCUUGCAGUGUUUGCUAAAAACCUAAUCCCUUCAUUUAUAUGUGUCUUUGAAAAGGUGGACGAAAACACUAGAAAGUCCCUGUUCAAGCUGCGCUCCACCUGGGACGACGUGUUCCCGCCCAAGAAGCUGUACGCGCUUGACGUGAAGGUCAACUCUGUGGACCCAGCGUGGCCCAUCAAGCUGCCGCCGCCCACCCCCAACUCCAGCAUCCACGUCAACCCCAAGUUCCUCAAACAGCCUGAGGAGUCUUCAUCCUCUCCCAGGCCAACCCCGGCCCAGCCACCGCCCACGGCCCCACCCGCCCCUCAGCCGGUCCCUGCCGCCAUCAGUCAGUCCAGCCUGACACAGGAGCAGCUAAUCCGGCAGCAGCUGCUGGCCAAACAGAAGCAGCUCCUGGAGCUCCAGCAGAAGAAGAUCGAACUGGAGCUGGAGCAGACCAAAGCUCAGCUGGUCAGCGGCUUCACAUUACCAGCAGCGACGGCGAUCUCCACUUCAUCAGCAGUGAGCCCGGCGCCCAAGCUCAUCAGCCAACCCGCUCCCGUGGUCCGACCCUGGGUACCCCCUCAGAGCGAUUCAAAGUCGUCCGUCAGAGACCCCCGGCUGAACCGCCCGCCCACUGGCCCCCUACCUAAAGACCAGCCUGCCACAACAAAAAGAGAGACUCCACCCACCACAGGAAGUCACAUUCUCGCUCUGGAGAAAGCCAGGAUGCAGAAGAAAGACGCUCCACAGGAGAAACCAAAAUCCAAAUCGCCGUCUCCAAUGGCGAAGAGUGGGCCGAGUAAAACCAAAGCAGCGGAGGCAGCGCUUCAGAGCGGCACGAAGAAAGACCCGCGGCUGAGGAAACGCACGCAGGACAAGGUGGGCGAGGGCAAGGACGGUGAGCAGAAGGAGAAGAAGCGAUGUGGUGAUGAGGAGCGGGAGGAUGCUGCACGGGGGGCAGAGCCUCAGAGGUUCAAAGGCAAACUGGUGAAUGGUUCGGUCGCCAAACACGAGCGUGACAAGGCUGCUGAUAAGACCGCUGGCAACGCCAGAACGCAUGCAAGGAAACGCACUCGCUCGCGGUCUAGGUCGCGAUCCCCCGCCGGCUCCCCAAAGAGGAAGGACAGACGCUCGCCAAAGGGCAGAGCCCGCAGCAGCUCGUCCUCGCCAUCACCUUUGCACAAAGCUGGAAAACCACGGAGGCUCGACCUGCUGCACGGCAAGCCCGGUCGGGAGGACCGUCCCACCCCCAAAAGCCAAUCUGAGAGCAGAAGGUCCAAGAGACCCGGGGAGGAACGCCACUCCGAGACCAGAGACUCUCACUCGCCACGCAGCCACGACGGAGGCUGCAAGGAGAUGAAGGACGCCCCUCACCGCUGGAGGAGCGGCUGGGAGGAGAGUAAACACAUGAAGCUGUCGGGCGACGUGCACGCCAAGCCCACGCCUCAGAGACACAAACCGUACAGCACGCCAAACCGCCCCAGCACCCCCCGAACCCCGAAGCACCGGCUCAGCGUCGACGCCAACCUGCAGAUCCCCGAUGUCCUGAACUCCGCCUCCAAGAAGGACCUGCUGAGGAGGGCGAGCAAGCGCAUGGAGAGUGGCGAGAUCUCCCGCGAGGAGUUCCUCAAUAUGGCUCACCAGAUCAAACAGCUGUACCAGUAUCAGGAGGAGAUCCAGCUGCGCAAAGACAGCUGGGACGAAUCAGACUUCCCCGUCAAGAAGCAGCCGCCACUGCUGAGCACUCCCUCAUCUCAGCCCCGCCCCCACGAAGGCAUGGACCCGGCGGAGCUGUCGUACUACGAGCACAAGUCGAAGCUGAGGAAGACUCAGGUCAAUCACCGACCUGCCGGAGAGGAGUGGGAGGGGGAGGAGACUCCCGAGAUCACCGACAAACCAGGGCACAGCGAGAAGAUGGGUGGCGGUCAGAGCGGCGGACAUCCGCCGCCACAUAAAUACAACCGAGGCCCGCGAGACAGGCCAGGCGAGAGGCGGAGCAAAGAGUGCGAGGAGCAUCGGGCGCCGCUCGCCCCCAUGGUUGAGGAGUACAACCACGGCAAAGAGUUUCCAGCGCUGAAGCCAGGUCUUCGCUUCACAAAGAGACCCGACCACAGAGAGACAAAGAGGUCAGAGGUCAGGUUCUGGAGCGGCGGGGUGUCAGGGUGUCGAUCAGGGAUACUUCAGCAGGGUGAGAGAGAGUGGACCUCGCCGCUGACAGAGCGGCAGCAUUAUAACGACCGCGAGGAGCAAAAGAGCAGCUACAAUGUCCCACGGCGGUACGGCCCACCUGCUGACGCCCGCAGGCCGGAGGUGCCCCCUCCCUCGGGCACAGUGGUCCACAGGAACUCUCCGAGCCCAGCUGGUCUGGACGCCACGGCGACACGCUUCGAGCGCGAACGGCUAUCACCGUUACAGAAAGACUCUGCUGACAUGAGCCCGAUAGCGCGCUUUGAGAGCCCAAACAGCGAGCACUCAGAUGACGGGCCCCUGGAUGCCCCGCCGCCUCAUGCUUCAACCAAAUCCAUCCUGAAGGCGCCACUCCCCCGUGGAGGGCCGCAAUCUUCGGUCCGACAGCACGGCGGGUCACCCGGACACACACCACCUCACGACGGGGGACACCCCCCUGCACGCUACAAUGGCCCCGGUCAUAUGGGCUCUUCUAGGCCCCACGCCCCAGGAUGGUAUGAAGGCGGCGGUGGCCCUGGGCGGUUCGAUGACUCACUGCAGUGUGAGGGGCCUCACCACCCAGCCCCCGGCAGGUUCGAGGGUGCCGGACCAACUCAUCACACAAUGGCGGAGAGGGUGGACGGUCCCGGACACAUCAGUCACGGCCCGAUGAGAGGCGGAGAACGAAUAGGGCGGUUUGAGGGCCCCCCUCAGGGGCCCGGCAGGUUCGGGGCUCCUCUCGCACUACAGACACGAUUUGAGGUGCCGGCACCGGGCCACUCAGAGGGCCCGCUGCAGCGCUUCGAGGCACCACGUCACUUAAACAAUAUGGGUCCCGGCCCUGGAUCCGCCCCCAUGGGCUUCCAGCAGCGGCCCGCACGCUUCGAGGGCCCCACGAGGUUUGAUGGCCCUGGACACUUCGAGGGGCCGGGCCAACCGGGCCCCCGGUAUGACGUGCCACAUCAGGGAGGCCCCCCGCACUUCGAGCACUUCCCCGGGCAGGGCCACCUGCGCUUCGAACCCCAACACAACCUGCAGCCCCUCAUGAGACAGAUGGGCCCGCCCAUGUACGAAACCCCCAUGGCCCCCCAGCAGAACUUCCCCAUGCCCCCCCAGCGUUUCCCGGACCCCAUCAAUCCUCAGUUCCCUGCGGCACCAGCGGCGUUCCCGGCGCAACAGAACAUGCAGCAAGCCGGAAACUUCCAUGUGCAGCCGUUCAGUCAGCCAGGACCCGCCCCCUUCUACAACCCCGGGGCACCCGCUGUUGGCUUACAGCAGCCGGUGAGCGUGAUGGGAGCCAUGGCCCAGCCCUUCCUACCUCAGACCGCCGUGCCUUUCGGACAGCAGAAUCCGCAGGUCGUCCCUCCGGAGAACCACUUCGGUCAGGUGGACGUGAACGACCUGCUGUCCAAGCUCCUCUCCACCGGCAUCAUCAAACCCUCGCAGCCCGACGCCGCGCCCGCCUCCAGCAGCGAAUCGUCUUCUGUACCUCCGCCGGCACCGCCACCAGAGGAGGAGGAGGAAGAGGAGGAGCAGGAGGUGGAGGGUGAGGGCGAGGGCGAGGAAGAGGACGACGUGCUGGACCUCACCAGCUUCAGCAUCGACGAUAUGAAACAGCGCUACGAGAGCGUGGUGACGAAGCUGUACUCAGGGAACCAGUGCUGCCUGUGCAGCAUGCGCUUCACCGCCGCCCAGACCGACAUGUACGCUGACCACCUGGACUGGCACUUCAGGCAGAACCACGCCGGCAAAGUGGCGAGCAAGAAGGUCACGCACCGCCGCUGGUACUACAGCCUCACGGACUGGAUCGAGUUCGAGGAGAUCGCCGACCUGGAGGAGCGCGCCAAGAGCCAGUUCUUCGAGAAGGAGAACGAGGAGGAGGUGCAGAAGAGCCAGGCGGCUGCCAAGGAGAAGGAGUUCCAGAGCGUGAGAGCCACCAAGGACCAGGUGGGAGAGAGCUGUGAGAUCUGUCAGGAGCCCUUUGAGACGUACUGGGUGGAGGAGGAGGAGGACUGGUUCCUGAAGAACGCCGUCAAGGUCGAUGACAAGAACUUCCACCCCUCCUGCUUCGAGGAUUAUAAGAACACAUCGUCGUAUGUCGACGUCACGCCGUCGCCCAGUAAGCUGCUGACCGACCACCCGCUGGGCGCCUUCGUGAAGACGGAAGAAAAGCAGGAGGAGGUCACUUCCUGUGCUGUUGCUGCCGCUGCUGCCGCCGCCACCGCCACCUCAGUGAAACAGGAGGUGCAGAAUGAGAGCGGGGAGCCUCCUGAAGUGAAGACGGAGGCAGGUGAGGAGGCGGCGGCGGCGUUGUGAGGUGGCGGCGGUUUUUAGCUGCAGGGACUCGUCCUCUGCGUCUGUACUUGAAUACAUUUUUGUAUUUGGACUCGCGGCCGCGCGGCUGCCUCAGUGAACCUGUACAUGACCUAAUUUAUACAUUAAAGUAUUUUUGGUAACUCUGGUGUUACAGUGAUUGAAUCAGCUGUUACCCCUGUACAUAGAUUAUUGAUGAUUGAUUGGUUUAUCGAUGGGCCCUCGCAGGUGUUGAAGGUAAGCAUCGUCUGAGCGGGAGGCGUCGUGGACUCGUCUACCGAGGAGCCCGCCCUCUUUGCGUUGUUUUUCUUUCUCUUUGGAUCAAUAAAAGCAUCUGAAAGCUG